GCUGUCGAUGACUAGUCGGACCUCACGAUGAGUGUGACAAACACAGACAGUAAACUGCAAUAAACAAUGGCAAACCAAGGGCUAAUGAGUCCAAGCAGCAAUGACAGCAGUCGCUGCGUUCAUGUUAGCACUGGUUUUGACGACUACCAAUGUACGGUGAUUCUCAUGGUGAAAAGGGCAACAGCUACAUUCUCUUUAGUGGGAUGUCUCUUCAUGCUGUUUGUGAUCUGGCUUUUCCGCAGAUACCACUCCUUGGCUCAGAAGAUGGUCGUGAGCCUGACUGUAGCUGCGUUCUUUGACAGCGUUGCCUACGUCAUGGGUGAGGACCAUCCCAAAGGACCGCUGUGCACCUUUCAAGCCUGGUGGCUUACAUACUUUGAUUGGAGUGCCCUGGCCUGGGUCAGUCUCAUCACCCUUAACCUCUACAUCAACCUAGUGAAGGAGACACGGACGGAGCAGUACCACAUAUUCUACCAUCUGUUGGCCUGGGGGGUUCCUCUCCUGAUGUCCUGCCUUCCCCUGAUUGGUGGGUUCUACGGUCCGGCUGGACCCUGGUGCUGGAUCACAGACAAUCACGUAGCCUGGAGAUUUGGAAUAUGGUACAUCCCACUCUUCACCCUCAUUUUCCUGAUGAUUUGCUGCUACAUUCGCAUCAUCUACGUGGCCAACGCGAGGAUGCGGUCGUGGUUUGGGACGUUCAACCCAGAGAGAGAGCGGCGGAAGGUGUCACUGAGCGAGGAGAUCAAACCCCUGAAGUGGUACCCCUCCGUCUACCUGCUGGUGUCCUUGUGUCCCCUCAUCAACAGGCUCCACAAUGCCUUCUACCCUCAGAGUCCGGUCUUCUCUCUGACGUUGCUCCACGUGCUGUCGGCGCCACUGCACGGCCUGGCCAACGCCUUUGUCUUCGGCUUGGACCGCGACACUUGGGGCCAGCUGAGCGUCACCGGCAUCCAGCUGGCCCUGCACUCGCGCCUCUGUGACAGCACACAGAUCCGCGAGUACCACCCAGGGACGGUCCGCUACACGCCCCCCGGCCAGCUGGACCUCUCCGACUCGGACGACGACACCAACGUGCUCUUUUACUCCCCGGACAUGGCUCUGAAGGACAGGGGACCGUGAGGGGGAGCGGGGGAAGGGAGUGCGGAGAGAGCGAGAGAGCCGGGUCGGGAGGACAGCCAGGCACACUGUGCAGACGAGCUGUCAGCCUCCAUUAUUAAUUCCCGGCUCUUAAUAUUUAAUGUCAUAAAAGUGCAGCUCCCCACGCUACUGUGGGCCCUGGAGCCGGGAGGAGGACAUUGCUCGGUACGGCGGGGGGGGGGGGCAAGCUCUCCUAACCUCACGGUGGCUUCAAAGACACUCAUCUGUUUCUGAAGAUUUUUUUUUUUUUUUUUUUUUGCUCUGCUUACAUGGUUUACAUUAGUUUUCACCGUAUUGUAUCUGCUGUUUUUUGUUUUUUUUUUUUUUUCAAUUUACUAAUGUUUUGUUGUUUCACAAAGACAAGCAUGUAAUGUUUUACACUAUGUAUUUAUAAAAUAUACGUAAGUACGGCAUAUUUUUGUACCUCUUAAAUGUGCAACGCGUGCGCUGUGGCAGGGGCCCCUGGGAGACGGGGCCCCGAGCCCUCUUACCACCAGCGGGGGCCUCACAUUGGCUCGUUCCCCAUGCCCAGCAGCCACACGCAGACUCGCCUGUCGCUUUGAUGUAGCGGCUGCCACCGUGUGCCAGACACGGCCCCGUCAGGAGACACCUUGACAGCCUGUCAGCCGCUGCACCGUGUGAUUGGCAGCUGGUUAGAGGCGGCGGUAGCUAAGGGACAAAAGACACGAGGCUCUGCCCCCCCCCAGUAAUUUGGCUCUGCCCUUUCUUGAGCCUCAGUUUUGCCCACGAGUGACCGGGAAUCCCCUGCUGGCCCCGUGGCCCUCGGGAGCAUCCCAGUGACCCCACCAGGG